AUGAUGGCCCGGCCCUAUGUGGUGGUCACGGAUCCUCUAGAUGUUUCCAGCAACAUUGAUGCCUCCAUUCCUACCGGAACAAUCUUUGGGAUCUACAAACGACUCGUGGAGACCGAUCAUCUACCAGUGGAGGAAAAAGCUAUGCUUAAUUCCCUGCAGAGUGGAGCAAAGCUUGUUGCUGCUGGUUAUGUUCUCUACUCAUCAGCCACUAUUCUCUGUAUCAGCUUUGGCUCAGGAACACACGCAUUCACCCUGGACCAAUCAACUGGAGAAUUCUUUCUUACACAUUCGAAUGUCAAAAUUCCACCUAGAGUUUUCGUGUUUCACUCUCCCAUGGCCGGCCAAAUAUAUUCUGUGAAUGAUGCAAGGUAUUUCGAUUGGCCUGAAGGUUUAAGGCGUUACAUUGACACUGUGAGACAAGGCAAGGCCGUGGCUAUGAAUCCGAGAGAUCAUCUGCGUCUUGUUUAUGAAGCAAAUCCAUUAAGUUUUAUAGUGGAGCAGGCCGGGGGUAGUGGUUCUGAUGGUAAGAGCAGGAUUCUAUCUCUUCAGCCAGUCAAGUUGCAUCAACGACUUUCUUUGUUUUUGGGGAGUCCAGAGGAUAUUGAUGAAUCGGAUAGUUACGGGGAUGUUCAACAGAAAGUUAAUCCUGGCUAUGAAGUCUAG